AAAUUUUGUUCAUAAUUUUUUAUGGCCCCUUUCUAAAUUUCCGAAAAAUUACCUUGCCGAAAACUGAGCAAAAGCCUUCAGAUUUAAAUCCAGAAGUUUUCUUAUAGACAUCCGAUUUUGAAGUGGUUUCUUUGUGAAAGAUUGUGUUUAAGUUUUCUAAAAAAUUGCAUUUCAAUUUUGGUUUGCAAAUUCGGAUCGAUUUCUUGACAUUUUCAUUAUGUAAUAACCCCUUUCUAAAUGUCCGAAAAUUGAUUUGCUGAAAAGUGCUUACAAACAUGCAGCUCUAAGUCCCUAACUUUUGGUUUUAUUUUCUAAAAAUCAGCAUAUAAAUUUUGAUUUGUAUAUUGGGUUAGAUUUUGUGUAAUUUCAAUGAAUUUAUUGCUACGUAAAUGCAAUGAAAGGGCGCACCGCCAUAUCUGAGCAAUGCGAUCGAAAGUGGUCCGAAGUGCAAAAGUAGAGGGCAUCGGGGUAGGCGGGGCACGGCAAUUACCAGCUGUCCAGAUGGGAGAUUGGCUAGCAGAACUGGCCGAGUCACGAUGAACAGGCGCUUCCGGCCAGAUGAGAUGCAUCUCGACACGCGCCGAACAUCAUUUCCGUGCCUGGCCAGAAGAUCUGAUUGGAUGAUUGGAUUGGAUGGCGGAGUACAAAAGGCGCAUUCAAGCGGUUGGCUAAAACAGUUGGCCAAAUGACUUCCGGACUCCGCUUCUCUGUCCCACUAAUUGUGGCCCUUGCCCUGGUGACCCUCGCCCUGGUGACCCCUACAGCUUGGGCGGAUUCGGAAUUCGAUGUGGACUACUCCAACGAGUACGAUGAUGUGCGACCCCAUCUGGUCUAUCCCGAUGAACCCAGGCUGGACAAGCGGAUCGGGGACGCGGCCCGGGAAUUUAGUCAGAAUAUAACCCAGGCCUGGCACUCGAUGGUGGACUCCUUCAAGAACUACUUCGAGGAGCUAAAGAACCUAUUUGCCGUCCCUACGGAUCCCAAUGCAGCCAACGAGGUCGACCACUAAAAUUUGUGACCAUCACUUUGCAAAUAUAUUUAUAUUUCUAAAUAAAAGAGUUUUAUUUGGCUACCCACAAAAUUAAUGACUACUUUCUUCAGCAAUAGUUAUUUUAGUAAAUCCAAAAUUAAUUAAAAUAUAAAAAAUUUACUUUCAUAGCAAUAAUGAUUAUAGUAAAGUUAAAAUUAAUCAAAAAGUAAAUUAAAAUUAUAAAAUUCUAAAUCUUAAAUUAAACAACAACAGAGUACUGAUUAUUUUGUGGUUCCCGUUUUAAUAAGGUAAAUAAUUUUCACUGGAAAAGUGUGGGUAAAUUAAUUGUGCAUGCCAAGCGAAUAUCAUGUUUAAUAACACAUAUAUCUUCAAUCUAGAUCGGUCAAUAUAUUGUGUAAUAAACUAGAUUCACAGCUUAAAUAGCUGGCUUACUCAACGGACAGCAUUUAUUUGCAAUUGAAAAUCAAAACAAGAUGACAUCGCCUAUUUUGUGCCUGAGUCUGAGUCUACUACUUUCGGGCAUUACCACCGCCUGGCCUCAGGAUUUGGGUACUGGCGUGAUGCUGGCCGUGGGUCAAAUGCAGCAGCUAAUGGAAAAUGGCGGCGGGUUGAAAAACGAGCAGAGUAUCGAGGUUCUGGGUGAAAGGAUGACUGGAGGUAUUAAACUGGGUUUCGGCGAGGUCAUGGAAAUGCCCCUGGGACGCCGACGUCGCUCAAGUGCGGCCAGAAAUUAAGGACAUUAGUACUUUUUUGUAUGUCCGCAGGUUGACUGACACUAAAUGUAAACGCAGCUUGAUUAAACAUUAAAUUGACAGUUGAGUUCGUUUGUCAUUGUAGUUAAAUGUACUUGGAAAAAUACUGGUCUUACGUACAUAUUUAAGUAACAAAGUGUUUUAAAAAACAAGAACCAUGCCGAGGUACAAUGCAAAUGUUAUAGUUUUUAUAUUUAUACUUUAAUUUAAAAACUACAUAGUGUUUGAUUAAACAUCAUACUCAUUUCCUGACAAAUGUUACUAACAAUUGAGCGGUAGUAAAAAAAUAAGAAAAGUAUCCAAAAUAAAUAAAAUAUUAUUCGAAAUUCA